UAUGCUUGUUUGUGUUUAACCCUCAUAAUUAUUGUAAAUAUGUGUUAAAAUCGAGGUCGUUUGAAAGUGUGUUUAAUAUUUGGAUAUAUGCGUUCUUAAAUAAUCACAAAUAAGUUUUUAAGCGUGACAGAAAAAUAAAGGUGUCCUGAUUUAAACAAGGAAGUAAUUUCAUUGCUUCUAAAAACAAUGCAGUGAUACUUAUACUUAUAUGACGUUGAUGAAAAUGUUCUCAUCGCAUGCAGGUGAAGUGACAACAAUGAAAUAAUCAAAAUAUGGUGUAGUGAUAACAAUGAAAUAAUAAAAUGGUGUUGUGAUAAAAACAAAAUAAUUUAUUGACAAAAAGAUUUACUUGAAUCUAAUUAAAAAACGCUUUUGCUUUAUUAAUUAUAUCUUGAAUUUCCAUGAUCAUAUGACAUGGCAUCAACACAGAUAAUGAGUGAAAUUUGCUAUAACGAAAAUGCGGUUGGAUAUUGCAAAUUUUUUGGAUAAUGUUAUCAUGCAUUAGGAUCUGACAAUGCAUGACAAUGAUGGAGAAAAUCAUGAUGUUAUCAUGCGGGACAUCACAGAAGAAAGAUGUAGGCAACAUCCAACUGAGAGAGCGAUAUUUCUUUGUAAAAGUCAUGAUUCCAUGAUUUGCGGCAGAUGCCUUCAUUCGAAACAUCUUCCUUGUGGACAAGAAGUUGUCGACUUGCUGCAUGAAAGAGUUACAAUCGACUUCGAGAAAGUAAGCACAAUGAAGUCAGUGUUAACGGAGGUAAGAAAUGAAAUUCUGACUUUGAAAGAUGAAGCAGAAAAUAGUAAAGAAAACUACAAGAAAAAUGCUGAUAAAUGUAUGCAGGAAUGUAUGGAAUUAGGAACUAAAAUAAAACAACGUGUAGAUGAAUUAACAAGUUUUAUCAGUGAUAAAAUAACAAAGAAACAAGACGAAAACCAAAGCACAUAUUCUCGUAUCACUAAGACGUGUAAUGAAAACCUAACGUGGUGUGUGAAUGAAGAAAGAAAGAUUGAGGACUUUGUAGACAAAAACUUUGCUAGGUAUCUCUUCCUUAUGAGCAGAAGAUUUGAAAAUGUCAUUUCGGAGGUACGAUCGUGCAUAAGAGAAACCAAGCACAAAAACACGUUUAAAUGGUCUAGCUUCAAAGAAAACAAAGUCAUUCUGAAAUGUAUGUUUGAGGACUUUGAAGAAGUUUGCGAACAUCAGGAAGAGGUUACUGGGAGCGACGAUGGUAACGAUUACGAUUUCGUUGCAUCCACCAACAAAAUAAACAAGACCCGGUUAGAGCUCACUGCACUGUUGAAUCAAGUCAAACAAGACUUAGAUAGAUCAGAAAAGGCAAGGAAAUGGUUAUAUGGUGAACACAAACGUAUGAAAGAGGACCUAGAUGAUUCUGAAAAGGCAAGGAAACGGUUACAUGGUGAACUAGAACGUAUGGAAACGGACCUGGAGGAUUCUGAAAAUGAACAAGCCAUAGGCCAGGCAAGAUUUUCACACUUCAAAGAAUACUUAUAUAAGUGGACUCAACCCACUGGGACAGUUCACGUCUGGCGCGGCAAGGACACAGGGUUUCUUAGCAAUACAUAUAUCUUCAAUAUCUCAUUUACAUUCACGGAUGGUAUUCAAAGGAGACAGCAUCCUUUCCCAGGAAAACCGUAUAAAGGCGGCACGUUCUUCGGAAAUUUGAGUUGCGGAGCUAAGGGUCAGCUGCUAUGUAAGAUGUUAAAGUUGGCGUUCAGGAGAGGGGUGAUGUUUAUCUUGGGGGAGGAAGGGAAAGUUGAGCUGAACAGCGUCUCAUUGUAUCAAGGUCCUGUUUAUGAUUACCUAUGGAGGAAUAUAAGUGCGGAUUACGUAAGAUACGAGCAGACAUUAAAAGUGGAGCUUGCAGCCAAGGGUAUCACGGAGACGAGCAUAGAUCAGACAGGUGACCUGUCAGAAACUUUCGCUGUCGAUGGUUUAUCUUUCCUCGAAGAUGCGCUGAGUUCUGAAAUAUAAUGAUAGCGAAGUUGACCUACAUGGACUAACAGAGCCGAAUGUACAACCUGACGGAUUCUUGAAACAAGCAUUGUCGGUCGAUUGUCCGUAUACUGUCGUACUGUGUGUUGAUAUCGUAUCUACCAAGGAACUCGUGUUUAAAAUGAAUUAAGCGUUUUACGUAGUUGUUUUACUUAUACUAAGGACAAAUUAUAUAUUGUUGUUUACCUUGGUUAGAAAUGUCUACAUGUUAUCAUUAUUUUUUUCGAGAAAUAAGCUCUCUUCAUGUAUUAUAUAAAACAAUCAUUUGUCUCUGAGAUAUAUAGUUAUGACUUGUAAUAGGGGAUGUGGCAUUUUUUUAGUUCAUGCAUUGAUGUGCGUAUAACAGAGGCCAAAGUAGAUCAUUUAUUAAUAUAUGAACGAGAAAUUUAUUGUCGAUUGUCCGUUUUUUUUGCUUAAAUACUAAACUGAACUUUAACUGUGCACGCAAUGCUUAUACUUUAACCUCAUUAAGGUUGGUUGCGAGCAUUCAAACAAUAAUUUAUACAUUUUUUGAAUACUAUGUUCAUGUAAAUAUUGCUUUUAAAAGUUUAGUGUACCAAUAUAUAUAUAUAUAUAAUAUAUAAUAUUCACAAUUACUUCUAGUCGGCGGCGAUUUGAAUUGUCACUGAGGAAUUAAAUAUUGAUUUGUUCUAAGAAAAUAAGACUUACUAUAAGUCAAUAACAUAAACCUUUAGGAAAUAAAGUAUUGCGUGGUUUAUUCAUUUUUAUAUAUGUAAAUUAUAUUGUUAAAAAUGUUCAUUUCAACAUGUAUUGCCAAUUUUCAUAGUAUAUACAACUGUAAUAUGAACUAAGGCGCUGCCUCUACGGGCUUGAAAUGUCAUUGUCGGACAUGUUACAGGUAAAGAUUAGUUCAUGACAAAGUAAAACAUACUAGGAGUGAAAGGGAAACGUUUUUCAUAUAUGUUACUAAAAUUUGGAAGUCUUUCAUAUCAUUUUAAAUAACAAGCAGUUCUGCGGUUGGCAAUUUAUUUAACUUAUUCAAAACCAUCUACAAUAAUAUUGCAUACAUUGUAUGAAAUGCAGUAAUGUUUGUACAUGUGCUUGUCUAUUCAUCUUACUAUUUAUUUGAUCAGGCUUCAUAUUGCAAUACAUAUUCAAAUACAUUUGGCAAACUGUAAUAAAUUAAAAAGGAAAUUCAAAUGUAAAAAAGCUCAAUUAAAUUCGUUGCUCUAUCGAUGCUUAAAAUGUAUUUAAAAAAACGAUUUUAUACCCCCGACAAACGAAGUUUGAAGAGGCUAUAUUUGAGUCACCCUGCAUUCGGUUGGUCAGUCGGUCGGUUUGUCGGUCGGUCCGUUGCAAUAUUCCUUGUCUGGAGCAUAACUUUAAAACUGCUGGAUGGAAUUGGAUUAGACUUCACAUAAUGUUAGAGCAUACUGAGAGGAAGUGCAGUGCAAAAUAACCAUAACCCUAUUCUUGCUUAAUACUGAGUUAUUGCCCUUUGUUACUUUUAUCCCCUCUUGUCCUAUCUUCCAGCGAGAACUCGCAUCAAUCUCAACAUACAAGAUGUUAGUAUCACAGGGGACUUCAACUUUGAUGUGAAGAAACAUCUCUCUAGCUUGAAAGUAGGAAGUAUAACACAGCGAUACGGGAUGACUCAAAUGCUAUCGGAUUUCACUAACUUCACCGAACAUUCCAGUUCACUAAUUGAUAUUUCCCUUGGCUCUAAUCCAUUACUCGUUACUAUGUCUGGCGUUGGUGAACCCUUUUUAGAUCAAAAUAUGCGCUAUCAUUGUCCUAUAUACUGUUGUUUCAAAUGCUCUAAACCUAGCCAUUCGACUUUUAAAAGGAGAAUAUGGCAAUAUGGUCAAGGCAACCUCGAUCUGUUAAGAGGAAAUGUUUCUGAAUUCAACUGGGACUCUUGUUUUGAUUCCGUAUUGAUACCUAUGUUGACAAUUUUAUUGAUUUUGGUUGAUGAAUUGGCACGAAGUCGAAAUGGAUUGUGCAUUUAUGACAUCAAUAUGAGCGCAUCUACAGUAGCCGAUGACAUGGUACUUGUCUCAUACUCAAAAAAAUGGAAUUGCCAAUAUGUUGAACACAUGCUACAACUAUUCUAGAAAGGUGAGAUUCCUGUAUAACUCAAAAAUAUGUGCAGUUGUCAAAUUCAAUACAAUAUGCUUACCAACAAGUACUAUAUAGCCUUCAUUCUUCUUAGGACAAGAUCAGAUACCAAGGUGUGUAAAUUAUACGCACUUAGGCAUAGAGUGUAAUGAAACACUCUCGGUACAAGAAUUUUUAAGAGUGCAUGCAUCAAGUUUCGUGGGGCGUAUAUGAAUAUAAGCAGUAGUGGCAUCGACCCGGACACCAUCAGCGCAAAGACAUUCAGAAUAAUAUACACCUCAGUUGUUUUACCAAAAGCUCUUUAUGGCUGUGAGCUCUGUAAUAGCUAUUCUAAACAGAAUAUCAAGAGACGCGAAACUGCACAUCAUUUCUGCAUGAAACACAUGAAAGGGUUUCAAAGGAACAUCUCUACCAAAUAUCUGUUGAUGACGCUUAAUAUGACAUCCAUAGAAUCUAUUAUAGACUUUUAAAAGCUUCAACUUUUGUGUCAGCCAUGUAGACUACCUUCUCAAUAGUCAAUACUUAUCAAGAAACAUUUUCAAUAACCGGCUAAUUCGAUUGAUGCACUAUGAUAAACAAACCGUGGGUUUCAUUCCGCACAUAUUUCGAUUGCUACAAAAAUAUGGCCUAGUUGAAUAUUUAACGGAGUAUAUUGAUGCUGGAAAGUUUCCAUCAAAAUACGCAUGGAAAAGACUAUUGAAUCGUAACGUUAAACGCAUGAGCUACGAUGGUUGAACUAUCGAAAACCAAGCCGUUACAAAUGCCUUAUCUUUUAAUAGCUGUUCGCCACUAUGGGAGAUUGCAAAAACAAGACCAAGGCUUCGUUCUGUUUGUAAAUCAAUCUUGAAUGAAAUAGGACUGUUUAGUGUACGCCAAUAUGUUCAGAUAUGUAAAUUAUGUAAGUCUAUUGUUGACUGAUAAUUUGUGUUAAUCUUCUUCUGUUUUUUGUCACGAAAAAAAAACAUCUCGAGACUUAUAUGGCGAUUGUUUGACAAUGACUUGUUCUGACAAAUGGGCUAACUUGUUUGCUAUCAGUACAGAAAAUGAUAACGGCUGCUUAAUUAUUUAUCCAAUUACGAUCGCUGUAAUAUAAAUAAUGCGCAAAACUUCCUGGACUUGUUUGUUGUUGCUGUUGUUAUCUCUAGUCCGGUUUAACAUCUGUUUUUCUGUUUGAAACUCUCACAGAGUUUAGAGUGUUAUUUAUGUCGUUAGUGUGUUAAUUGUAUGAUAAUAUACUGAUAGUUUCCUAUCCUCGGUUUGUUAAACUUGCUGAAUGAUAUGAUAUGUAUUCAUCACUGUGUAUUUAGUGCCUUUAAUGUUGUAAAUAAUUGUAUAUCAGUUCAGCUCUUCAAUUUUGGAGGAAUAAAAUAAUCUAUCUAUCUAUCUAUCUCAUCUGUUUUUAUGCACUUUAUCUAAGUAGGGGAGAAGAAUUAUAUUUGUUAUAUCUUGUCUUUUAAUCCUCGAACACAUUGUGACGUAUUUUAUUUCUAUUCAUAUAACGUAUGUAUGUUUAUAUGCUAUUUGUUAAAUAAAUAAAGU